UUCGCUCGAAUCAGUGUGACAGUACAGUUACAACAGCUAACAGUCCUAUCGUACGAGCCGUAUUAUCAAUACUCUAUCCGGAGCGCAAACCCAGACACCUACCUGCUGGAUGCAAUCUAACGAAGCAUCCCCGUGAGCAUUUCAAGUAUAUAUUUCCAAACGAACCAUAAAGCAAAUCAGGUAUCAAUUACAAUCCGUUGGAAACUGCAAGCCAAUGCUCGGAGUGCAAUAAAAUAAAACAAUAAUAAUAUAUACAACAGUGCUGUUUAGUCAAGCGUAAAGCGGUUCAAAAGUUUAUCACCGAAACCGUCUCAUAACCAUUGGAAGCUCAUCAAUCAUCCCUCAAGCUGAUCGAUACUUGCAAGAUUCCACUCCCGUCAAUAUGUGCAAAUCAGUCCUGGUGUUCUCAGAUGACAACUUUGCGCACUGUGAAUAAGCAGCUCGUGCGCGAACCUCCUUGAGGUGUACUCCAGAGUGGAACAGUUAGUUUUUUUUGCUCGGUAAAUAGUAUCAAAUCCACUGCAGUGUAUCGCGUAAGGAGUUGAAGUGCUGGUUUAAGGCUGAAAAACGAAUAGAAUCGAUUUUUGAUGUAGUAAAUUUUCGACCCAGACCUGCUCAACGGUUGGUCUUACUAGGUGCGGUUUCCUCCGAGAAACCGGCCGAAACCACAAACCCGCUGUGUUGUUUCAUGGCGUUAGCUGUCUAUUUAUUAAAAGUUCCUGGAUUUCCACCGAUUGCCGUUUAACAGUCAUGUUUUGCUCAGCACGAACUACAGCAGUUUCAAGUUCUAAUCGCCUGAAGAAUCCGGUCAGCCGAAGUGACUCAUCAGUCUACGAUGUCGAAAUAGGAGAACGGACACCCUUGCUUGUGAGGAAGGUGUGCGUCGAUGCAGACAGACAGCAUGGCAGGGACGAUCGAAACACCAUCCAGACAACAGCACUUCUCGCGAUUCUGGCAUUGGUGCUGUUUUUGUUGAUGGGAAUUGUCAUUGGAAUCUACUUGAUGCUGUUACAAAUUCCACGUCCAUGGCCAGUGUCCCACCCGUUUUAUUUGGUUGAACGGCCUGUGUGGUGGUCUCAUUCAGCCACGCUGGAGGCAUCUCCGUUGAACAAAACAGCUGUACAAAACCUGAUAAUAAUGCACACAAACAGCGAGUCAUGUCACGAUCAGAUCACGUGUAGUCAAAUCGCUCGUAACGUUCAGAAUGAUGCAUGGACCCACCGAGCAACGCAUAUUCCAUAUAACUUUUUGAUCGGUGGCGAUGGAAAGACAUACGAAGCGCGAGGCUGGAAAGGGCAGCAUGGUUUCAUGGAGCUUCCUAGCAGGAAUGAUACCAUCGUGGUUGGUAUUAUAGGUACAUACAAUCGCAGGCGACCAGAUGAUGUUCUAUUUGCCGAGACGAAGGCGUUGAUUACGGAGUCCAUUCGGCGGUUUAGCUUAUCACCGGCUUACCGAUUGUAUGGUGUUAUUAACAGCACUGCGCCGGAAAACCACGCGGGCGCGCUCUAUGCUGGACUGAAACGGUGGAAUCAUUGGAGAGGAUUUGUUACGAUUUAACUUUUUUCAAACAAAUUAUCGAGUUCUUGCAGGAUCAAAACGAUUAAAAUUAUAUUGAACCAAGUUGAGAAUUACAUACGAAAUCGGAACAUAUCUUGUUAACAUGAAGUUCAUAUGCUAUCUACCCAAACCAAACGUUAGAUAAUCUUGA